UAACGGCGAAAGGAACUAUCUCGUGAAACGCACUAUAGUAUAGUUAUUUGUGUAAGAUAUUUUGUUAUAAUUUUUUUUAAGUGCUAAUGGUCUUUGUAUCCGGCUAAUAAAUAAAUUUAAAAAAAAACCAGUGAUUACAUAUUGUAACAAAUAUUCAACGCUUCAUAAUUCUAUAAUUUUAUUUGCGAUUGUUUACCACCUUUUGCAGUAGAUGACACUGAAGUCUACCAUGAUGAUGUGAACUCGGCUAGAUCUAUUUUUUAUUAUUUUUGAGUUUUAUUUUGAUUUGCAUACCUUUGUUCCAUACCCAAGUUGCUACUGGACUGGACUCUGUUGAAAAUGCCUUCAGAAAAAAGUUGUUGUGUAUUAAAAUGUGGAAGCUCUCGUCAACAAAGCGAUAUAAUUUUACAUUCUUUUCCUAAUCCUGAAAAGGAUAUGUUUCGGUUCAUGGCUUGGUUCCAAGCAGCUGGCCUUGAUACAUCAUUGGAUGCACAUUAUGUUUUCAAAUAUCGCAAAAUAUGUCACAUACAUUUUGAAUCAAAAGAUUUAACUUGGACCAAGAGGUUAAGCCCCGAUGCUGUGCCGAGAUUGUUAUUACCAGGUCCUAAAUUAUUUGGUAAUGAUAAUGGUCCCAUUCUAGCUCCAACAAGCAAACUAAAAAAUGUGCAAUUGGAUUUUUCUACUCCUUCAACCUUAGAAGGUAAUAUGCAACUUAAAAAUAAAAGUAUAUCUAAACAAGUGGGUCUAUUAAAUGUGAUAUAUACAAGGCCACCCCUAGUCAAAGAAGAAAUUUUAAAUCGCUGCAGAUGUUGUUUGGAUAAUGUAGAUUUACAUCUCAUGUGGGAGGAGAUUCCCAACAACGACCAAGCCGAUUCUUAUGGUAAUAUGUUAAUAGAGUGCUUUUCAUUACCAUGGUUAACAAAAAAUGAAGGUGAUCAGCUGGAAUAUAUUUGCAGCUCAUGUGUGGAUAGAUUACAGAGUGCUUUGGAUUUUAAGAAAGAGAUAAUUGCUUCUGAGCAGGUUCUUAAAGGUUUUUUAUUCCAAUCGGACAUACAAAUUGAAGUUUUCACAGAAGAAGAUUCAAUUUUUGCCAAUAAUGACUAUAUAGAAAACGUGGAUAUUAAGACUGAAGUUUCAGAAGGAGAAAUAUCUGCUUUAGAUAAAGAAAAUAGUGAUCAAACAGAUCUUGGAUCAACACAGAAACGAAAGUGGCCUAAAAAGAGAAAAGGUGCUGACCGUUUAAAAGCUUACAAAAAAUAUACACAGUUGGAUUUACGAGAAGCUAUUGUGUCUGUGAGAAGUGAAAACAUGACAUUUAAGGAAGCUUGUGCUGAAUACAACAUUCCCCGGAACACACUCAAAAGCCAUCUAAGAAAAGCAGAUAUUAUAUCUGAAGAUCAUAAUGUUUCAUGUGAAGAUAAGAGCAAUAAGGAAAAAAACUUUAGACGAAUUGAAGAAAUAAAAAUGAUAUUAAAGUAUACAAAUGCUAUACCAUUUAAAACAAAAUCUGCAAAAUACUACUGUGCAUAUUGCUCAACCAGUGGUCCCAUGUUUCAAGAUGCAGAUGAAUUAAGAAUCCACACAAAGUUUCAUGAAAAAGAACGACUAGAGGAAGUGGAUCAUUUCAUGAGACCCUAUUGGCUUAAUGAAAUUUUGAAGCUUGAUGUCUUGAAUUUAACUUGUACCAUAUGCAAUACUAAACUUCCAGACUGGAAUCAAAUGUUCCAUCAUUUUGACUCGCAACAUGGCAUUGAAUUUGAUGAAGCAUACACUAAAGUUGUGCCUUAUAAUCUAUCUGAGCCAAUGCAAUGUGUGUUAUGCCAUGAUGAAUUCCCAAAUUUUCACAACCUUGAUGGCCAUAUGAAUGCCCAUUACAAUAAUUACAUAUGCCCAACAUGUGGGGAUACGUUUGUUGCAAAUAGUCGUUUAGAGAAACAUUUACAAGUACAUCAUCAAGGGGAGUUUCAAUGUGAAGAAUGUAAAAGAGUAUUCACUUUAGACAAAUAUCGUGCUAAACAUUAUAAAUUGGUUCAUAAAAGAAGUACCAUAAGGUGUAUAUUAUGCCCAGAAGUAUUUAACACAGUUUCUGAACAGAAUGCACACUUAGUUGAACAUCAUAAAGACAAUACUAAUGUAUACAUUUGUGAGUACUGUGGUCGUUCAUAUACCCAUAGAAAAAAUUUCCUGAAACAUCUAAGUAGGAAGAAAUAUAAGUGUGAGGAUUGUGAUAAAAGAUUUUCCAGUUUUAAACACUUAAAAACACAUAAAGUAAUAUGUGAAACAUAAAGUUUGGACAAAUGUGUGAUCCUUAUGCUUAUGUCUUCCCCAUACAGUUUUAUAUAAUGAAGAGGUAUGUCACAAAAUAUUGCCUAACGGCAAAUGUACAUCCUUGUUAUUUAUAAGCCAAUUGUAGUUUUUAAAAAUGCAAUGGGUUUAUAACACUUUCAAAAAUGAGAGAUUUGUUUUAUAAACACAAUUAAACUAAUUAAAUUUUUGCACAAUGCACAUUUAUUUGUUUAAUAAAUAUAUUCAUUUUAAUCUAAUACAUUUUUGGCUCAUCAUUAAUUUGAUACUAAAAAAUUUAGUUAUUAUAAAUUAAUACGCCAGCUUGGUAUCUUUCUGAAAAAAAAAAAUGGUAAUAUAUAAUGCCUUUAUUUCUUAAAAGUAUUUCAGUCUUAGUAUAAUUGAAGACUCAUUUCACAUAAUAAUAAAACAUGCACUGAAGUUUGGUGUUAAAAUUACAUCUAAAAAUUGUCGUAACCAUAGUAACGAACAUAGUUCUAUUAUUAGUUAAUGUUUUAAAACAUUGAGUUUUGAAGAGUAAGGUGGUAGGUUUGUAAAGUAUUUGAUUUUUUGAGAUUGUAUAAGUAUAGAUUGAUUUUGUACAAUUAAAAGCUAUUUUGUUUAAUGUAAAAUUAUUAAACUGUACUCACAUUUCGUGUUUUAUAGUGAUAAAAGUAAAACAAUAAGUUGUCUUUGGAUUUGUGACAUUUAUUUAAGUCUUGCUGAUAGCAGUAUGAAAAAUUUAAGCAGCGCCCCAAAGAAGUAUUUGGAUCAUUGAAUUCAUUGCUCGGUUCACUGCCUUCUCGAGUUGUUUCUUUAUAUAGAUUUCGAUGUUAAAUAAUAACUUAUGAUGUGAUGAUACUUACAGUUUUUCAAUUCCAUCGAUAUUAUUAUUUCUACUCUCAUUUAUUUCAUUAUUCUGACACCUCGUCCAUUGUUUUGUAGAAUUAUACAAAUGCGAAAUUGA